AUGAGUAUGAGUCACAGAGAAAGCUUAGCUCAAUACAUGAAAAAGGAAGAAAAAGAAGUAGUAGAAGUAGUAGAAGAAGAAGAAGAAGUAGAAGUAGAAGUAGAAGAAGUAGAAGAAGAAGAAGAAGAAGAAGUAGAAGUAGAAGUAGUAGAACAAGAAGAAAGAGCCUGCAGAAUGAAAAAGUGUUCAGAGGACAAAGAAGUAGAAAACUUGGAGAAGAAGAAGAAGAGGAAGAAGAAGGAACACCAAUCAAGAUCAGUAACUUUCUAUUCUCCAACUGCUCCUCCUUACACAAGUGACUCAGACUCCUCUGUGAGUGAUGGGGUCCUUCCUGAUGUGGUGGCUAACCACGUUGUUCAAAUGGCUAACCGGUUUGUUCAGACAGUGUUGGAUCCCAUCAAGGUUGAAGAAGGAACAGACGGGGAGAAUAAUGGUGAAUCCGAUUCCUUGAUGUACAAGAAAGAAGCCAAGUUGUACAAAACUUUGUUGUGGAUCAGGAUAGCUGCUUUUGUAUUGUGUUUGAAAGCUUUAGCAGUGAUGGCUGCUGCUAAGCAAACUGUUCUGUACAAGUAUCCUGUCAAAUUCUACUAUGUGGAAAUCCCAGAGGCAUUCCUCUGGUACAACUACAUCGAGUUCAAGUACUCCAUGUCAGUAAAUGUCAUGGGAUUUGUGUAUUCUGGGAUACAAAUAUGUGAUCUAGUGAAGUACUUGAUCACCAAAAAGCACACAGUGGACCCCAAGCUGAGGUGUUACUUCAAUUUUGCUAUGGAUCAGGUCUUGGCAUAUCUUCUAAUCUCAGCAUCUACAUCAGCUGCCACAAGAGUUCAUGAUUUGAAAACCUAUGAGGGUAUAUACAAGUUCAUAGCUUUGGCCAAUGCAUCCGUUGCUAUGUCCUUCCUUGCGUUUUGGGACUUUGCCUUAGCCACUAUUGUCUCUGGUUUCUUCAUCCUUAGUAGGUUAAGUUAG